AUGGAUCCAAAUGUCUUAUGGCACUUCGAAUUAGUCUAUAAGAAUGGUAAAGAGUUUUACAAGAUCCGUAAUGAAGCUACCGGAAUGUAUAUGACCUCUUCAAAUGGUUGGACAUCAACAGUACACACAGAUUCACCAAUGCUUUAUGAAGUUAUUCCAUUUUACCAAGAAAAUACAUAUCUCAUUGUUCAAGACGGUGGAAAGCCAGUUCAUGCACAAGAAAAUUGGCACUUUAUGGUUACUUAG